GGGCGUGCGGGCGGGCGUGCGGGCGCCGCAGUGCUCGUGGGAUGGGGCGGCGCGCUGCCGCUGGCGGCCGGAAUCCGCGUGCAGCCCCGGUGCACGUUCUCUCCCCGUGUCCUGAAUCUGCACUCCCAGGCCCCCUGGAUGAGUGACGCCACAGUCUGCCAUGGACCCUGGCCCUGCCCUGGCUUGGCUCCUUCUCCUGAGCCUGCUGGCUGAUUGUCUGAAAGCCGCACAGUCCAGAGACUUCACGGUGAAAGACAUCAUCUACCUCCACCCUUCAACCACACCAUAUCCUGGUGGAUUUAAGUGUUUCACUUGUGAGAAGGCAGCAGACAAUUAUGAGUGCAACCGUUGGGCUCCAGACAUCUACUGUCCUCGAGAGACCAGGUACUGCUACACUCAGCACACAAUGGAAGUCACAGGAAACAGCAUCUCUGUCACCAAACGCUGCGUCUCACUGGAAGAGUGCCUGUCCACUGGCUGCAGAGACUCUGAGCAUGAAGGCCACAAGGUCUGCACUUCCUGUUGUGAAGGAAAUAUCUGUAACUUACCACUCCCUCGAAAUGAAACCGAAGCCACGUUUGCCACGACAUCACCCAUAAACCAGACAAACGGACACUCGCACUGUGUAUCAGUGAUCGUGUCCUGCUUGUGGGUGUGGCUGGGACUCACCUUGUAGCAGCUGGGAAGUGCCAUGGUCCAUAGCUGCACAUGAGCCAUUGACCCGAUCACUCAUGGGAAAACACCACUCACCAAGGUCAUCACAGCCCAGCCGAGCCUCCCCGUUCCCCCCUCACCAUAAGGAGCAAGUGCUGCUCCACGUAGGCAUUUCAAGACCUCAUCAAAGCCAGCCUGCCCUCUCCCCACCCCCGAAAUAGACCACAAAUGGCUUUCCUUCUAGGAAGUUGUUUUGCAUCUAAAAAUCUAGACUCUUAAUUUGGAAUCAGUACAUGAAGCCGUAGUCACCUUGGACCCCUCAGAGAUGCCCUUUGGUGCCUUCUCUGGACAGGCACAGGAGUUUUAGGAAAUGGGUAAA